GGUUCUCACUUCCAGGUGAGCAGAGCGCCUUCUGAAAUGCACCCGAAACGCGUUUAGGUUCUUAACUAUAGGUUUAUUUUUGUUGGUUUGGGUCGAGUUCGGUUCCGGUAACCGUACAAUACAAACAUGCAGCAGCCGCCACGGCUCUAGUGAACAACAUGAUACAACGGUUAUGGAUGUACAUGCUCGUGGUGGGAGCCGCAAGCUUGGCUUUAACGGCGUUACUCUACGCCGGACAGUUUAGCCCAGACACGGCGGCCACCCGCUCUGUGGACAGGCUCUUUGGAGACGCACAGGGGCCAGAUGUUCCUGGAGAAUAUGAGCUACGGAAACAGCAGGAGGAGGUGGAGCAGCACUCAGCCAGCUGCUCUCUCAGACGUGACACGCAGAAUGAUGUCACGUUCAGAAAGCGCUUCAACUUCUCCAUCCCAGUGUUCCAGUGGGCAUCCAGCUUCAACCAAUCAGACUGGGACAGACUCCGUGACAUCACCCCGCCCUAUGGGUGGUAUGGGAUGCCUUACGAGGCUGUGAGGAGUGCCUUGGCGUUGCUGUCCAGUGUGUCCAGUUCCACUCUGUUUAAUCGGAGCACGUCUCCGGAGUGUGUGAGCUGUGCUGUCGUCGGCAACGGUGGAAUCCUGCGGGGGUCCAAGCAGGGCAGCGCCAUCGACACCCACCACUAUGUCUUCAGAUUAAACGGGGCGAUAACUAAAGGCUUUGAGGAGGAUGUGGGCUCUAAGACGUCUUUCUAUGGAUUCACCACCAACUCCAUGAAGAACUCCCUGAGAGCUUACCGCAAAGAUGGCUUUACUCAGACCCCACAGAGCCAAGAGCUGAAGUACAUCUUUAUCCCUGCUGAGCUACGGGACUAUGUGAUGCUUAAGGCUGCCAUCCAGAGAACCUCUGUUCCCUCCGGCGAAGACAAGGGAGACUGGCCCACUGAGUAUUUCGGGACCAAACCCUCUGUGGAGAAAUUCAGGAUUCUCCAUCCUGACUUCAUCACCUAUGUGGUGAAGAGGUUCCUGAAGUCUCGUCAGCUCAAGUCGGAGUUCAGACACCUGUACAUCCCCAGUACUGGAGCACUGAUGCUGUUCACCGCCCUGCACACCUGUGACCAGGUGUCAGCCUAUGGCUUCAUCACUCGUAACUAUGACGAUUUCUCUGACCACUACUUCGACUCCCAGUGGAGACCGCUGCAAUUCUUCGCCAACCAUGACCUGAUGAUGGAGGCCCGCGUCUGGGAAAUACUGCACCUCCGCGGGGUCCUAAAGCUGUACCGGAGACACUGACACACACACACACACUCACACACACACCUCACACACACAUACACACCACACACACCACAUACACACAUACACACCUCACACGCACACCACACACACCUCACA